AUGCGAUUCCCAUCUUCUGAAUUUAACUUCACCUUUUCCACAGGUCCCUCAUUUGAGGGGGUCAUCUUCACCCCUUCUCAUUCCCAGAGCAGCAGCCCUGCUGGAUCUCGCCUUGGCUCGGGAGCGCUCCCCUCUGCCUCCUCUAGAUCCGCGUCACCAGUUACUCCUGGCCAUAUCAGAGAAAAUCCACAGGGUCUCAUAUUUGGUGGACAAAUUAUCAGCGGCACGAGGCUUUUCUCAGGUUCGGAUUUUGCCCCAGUUGCAGGCCCCUCCACGGACUCGAAUUUGGCACCCAGGGUUCUGAGUUCCCGGCCAAAGAUUGUGCCAGAUCACAGUUUAGAGAGCAACAGAAUACGAGAGCCUGGAGCGUUGCCUAUUCCUACUGCCAGUCAUACAAAUAAUCUUGAAAAUGAGGGAACGCCCGGCUUGAGCGCAUCACCUGUGAAUAAUCUCGAAAAUGAAGAUGAAGAUGAAGAUGAAGCCGAGGAUGAUGAUGAGGAGGAUGAAGAAGUAGAUAGGGUUGGCGAUGAUCUCUUUUCCCCGGAUCCUAUCGAUGACCCAAAUCUUCAAAAUGAUCUAAAUGCAAUCAAAGUCCAGCUUCAAGAGCUGGCCCGCACCAUCCACGAUUCACCACUUUCUCGAGACCCAACAACCAGGCUGCAUCAGAUUCAACAGGAAACGAAAAAGCUCAGUGAAUUCAAGGAUCAAGAACCGCGCAUUGUCGGAUUCAUUGGUGAAACCGGAGCUGGCAAGAGCUCUGUUAUCAACUCAAUCCUGGACCAAAGAGGUCUUGCACGCUCGAGUGGCGCAGGAGCCGCAUGUACCUUUGUGCCCAUGGAGUAUCGAUAUGUGGAUGAAAAGCACCCCCGUCCUUACACCAUAGAAGCCGAUUUCAUGAGCGAAGACGAGGUCAAUGAUCUUCUGGAGGAGCUUUUGCAAAGUAUCCGACGAGCUACCAUCCAGACAGACCGGAGCCUCAUCGGGGAUGAAAAUUGGGAACAGUAUGAAGCGAUAGGCAAAAGGUCGCACCAAACUCUAGAGGCAAUCUUCACCGAUCGGUCGGAUUUGACUGUUGAGUAUCUCUCGCGUCCUGGAGCAGACGUUGAGAUUCUUCAAGAGCUGAAACAGCUAGCUAUGGAUCGAUUGACAUUUCGACCUGGAGGAUCGAGCUCACUGCAAUACUGCGUCAUCGCGGGUGAUUUGGAAAGAUGUAAAGAUGAACUGGACAAUUUGACAAGUAACGCAGAGCAUGACAAUGGGCCUGCAUUAUGGCCUUUUAUUAAGUUGAUACGGGUAUUCUUGGACUUGUCCGUAUUGAAGACUGGUUUGGUGCUUGCCGACUUACCAGUAGGAUUGCGAGAUAUGAAUCAUGCGAGAGUACGGGCUACAGAAAGAUAUCUUGCCAGCACCUGCGAUGAAGUGUUUAUUGUGGCCGGAAUUGCUCGAUGUGUCGCGAAUCAAUCAAUCUACGAGACCAUCAAGAAGUGUGGAGCGACGAAACGCGUCCGAAUUGUUUGCACAAGAGCAGAUGACAUUUCACCGGAAGAGUUUGCUCGCAACAAGGAUCGCCAUGCUAGCCACGUGAAGAAGAUGAACGCAGAGAUUAAAAAGCUCGAGGACCAAGCAAAUCGUAUCGGCCGCCAAAGGAAAACCGCAAAGGGCCACAAGAAAGCAGAGCUUGCUGUUACCGAGUCUACGAUGGAGGACGAAAUACAAAAGCUUCGCUGCGAGCGACAGGCGUUUAUUAUGAAUAAACAAAACGACUCGGUCGAAAAGGAACUUACCGGGGCGAUUCGCAACAACCAAGAGCACAGAGGCAAGGACGUUAAAAUAUUUUGCAUCGGUAAUGAACUAUAUGGAAACCCUCCACACAAGCUUGCGGACGAGUAUAGAAACAUCAGUGGAGUUCGGGAGCUUCGUUCAUACUGCCGAUCAGUCCCUGCCGAAGCUAGACUUGCCUCGGCUUUGUUCUUCAUUGAGAAUCAAGUGCCCUCUCUUCUGCGUUCUAUUCAGCAAUGGAAUCUGACAGGCCGUGACCAUGUGACUGCUGAAAGAGCCCGCGAGCUCCGAAUGGUGUUGGAGCAGUUGGAACAAAAUCUCCGUCAAGCAUGUGUGAAGCUUUUCUUAAAUCGUAUUCAUGAUCGAAUGAUCUAA